UCCAGCAACAAACAAAAGCCCAAGAAGAGAACGAAGUAACAAAAACCAAGUCCAAUCCAAGGGUUUUACGAGGAAUCAAAGAGAAGAAGCUGUUCUGUUCUGAAGUGUUUCCUCUGCCAUUACUAUGAAGUUCCUUCAGUCCCUCAUUGGCAAUGCUCGAACCCGUUUUGCGGCGCGUGGUGGGUCACUGGGUCGGGUCUCUGGGGUCCGAUUCUUCUGUGCUCCUUCUGAAGAGUACUACAAGAGAAACUACGCCAACAAUGUCUCCGAGUACAACACCGUGUUCGGUUCUCUCACUGCUCAAAGAAGGAAUUUCUUGCUGAGGGAUGCUUAUGAUGAUAUGAUGCUUGAUGGGGUGAAGCCGAACCGUGACACUUUCCAUUCCCUUGUUGUUGGGACCAUGAGAGGCUCUAGAAUGCAAGAUGCUUUCUACUUCUUGAAUCAAAUGAAAAUCAUGGGUUUGGUUCCUGAUGUUACUUUAUACAACUUUCUGAUUUCAACUUGUGGGAAAUCCAAGAACUCUGAUCAGGCUAUUCAGAUUUUGGAGGAGAUGAAGUUCAUGGAAGUAAAGCCAAAUGUACGAACCUACAUCUGCUUGCUGCAUGCUUGUGCAGCCGAUGGACGCUUAGACCGAGUGAAUGCAAUUGUUCGCGAUAUGACUGCAGCUGGUCUGGGAUUAAACAAGUUCUGCUAUGCGGGGCUUAUAGUUGCUCACAAGAACAAAACACCUGUUACCGAUGAUUUUGCUGCAAAAGUUAUUGAGUUUGUCGAGAGGUCAAAGAUUUGGUCUUCAGUUGAAGCCAACAGUGCCAAUGCUGAGAAUGUGAUGAUGGGUGUUUCUGACGAGGAGUUAUACAACUUACCAACAGCAGAAUAUGUUCACAGGCGCGGUGGAUUUUUGGUGAGGCCAUUUACGGCAUAUCAUACUGCAUUUUAUGCUGCUGCAGAUGUCAAGAAUGUUGAGUUGGUGGGCACACUUUUGGAAAUGCUCAACAAGGAGGGGAAAUCUCCGGAUAUCUAUAUUAUGAUGCAAGUAAUUAGGUGCUAUUGUCAUGCAGGAGAUAUUGAGCGUGCUCAUCAAACUUUUGAGGGCUACAUAAACUCAAACAGGGUUAUUGAACUUUAUGUGACAUUUGCACAGGGGGCAAUGAAUGGCUACACUGAAAAAGGAAUGCAAAUUGCUCAAGAUACACUGGUGACAAUGAACGAAAGACAAUUUUUCUUGAAUUCCAAAUACGGAAGUGAACUCCUGCUUAUAGCUGCUGGUGAAAAGACCGGAGGAUACACUACUGCUAACUACAUAUGGGACUUGAUGCGGGCCCGUAAUAUUGUCCCUUCAUUUGCUGCGGUAGAAAGAUACUAUCAGGGCUUGAAAGAUCGAGAGAUACCUCAAGAUGAUCCAAGACUGGUAUUGGUUUGUCGAACUUUGGACAACUUCCGCAUGAGGAACAGGGGGCCCAACGUUUAAUGUAUAGAGAUUAGGCUCUUUGCUUUUUGUUUUGAUAGAUUUUGCUAUUUGAAGAGAGAAUGCAUGAGUCAACAGAAUUAUUUAUUUGAUUCACGUAUGAGUUGAUCCAAUUCAGAAGGGUCUCCAACUCUCCAUGUUAUCAGAUAAAGUUGAGCUAAGCUCUUCUAGAUGGUAUUUUAGAAGAAUAUGUAGUUUGUAACACGAUUUUUCGCCAUUUGAUAGUUCAUGUAUUUGUGAAAUGAUUUCUUUGUUAUAGAGCAUGAAUGAACAAGAUAUUACUGAGCUCA